UACACACCAUAGUCCAUAGAGUUGAACUGAGUUGAAGAAACGAGUUGGUGGUUCUGCUUAGUGGCUUAGUGCUACCGCUACUGCGACGAUGGUGGAGGUUCUCUUUGAAGAUAUCUUUAGAGUUGAAAGAUUGAACCCUGAUGACAAAAAAUUAUUUGACAAAGUUACUCGCAUUGAAGCAAGGAGUGAAAGGUUUGACAUGUUUAUGCACCUUGACAUCAAUUCUGAGUUAUAUCCAUUAAAGGUUGGUCAGAAAUUCGCGCUCCUGCUUGUUCCAACGCUUAAUCCGGAUGGAACACCAGACACUGGGUAUUAUGUUCAGAACAAUCGGUCAUUGGCCGAGAAUUUUGAAUAUGUCAUGUAUGGGAAGCUCUAUAGGGUAUCAGAGGGUUCAGGGCGUGAAAAAGCGGAGAUAAAUAUUUCAUUUGGUGGACUUCUGAUGAUGUUGAAGGGAGAACCCUCUCAAUUCAACAAGUUUGAGCUUGAUCAGAGGUUGUUUCUUCUGAUGAGGAAAGUCUGAGAAAAUUGAAAGUGCAUAUCAACGAGGAUGUAGUGAAACUUUGUUGUAACAAUCAGAACCACCUAUUUUGUUCAUGUUAAUGUGAUGCUUGUGACCAGAUGUUUGGAAAUCAAAAUAUUUUGGUGAAUUGAUUGUAAGUUAACUCUACGUUUGCCAGUUAUCCGAACAUGAUGGAAUAAUUUGGUAUAAAUUA